CGGCAGCUCCUGGGCAUCCUGUCUAGUCCCCGGAUCCGGAAGGCUGUAAUAGUUGCCCGUGACGUCACCAGCCUGAGACCGCCCCGGCUCCUACGGAAAGCAUGUUUCUGCCUGCCACUAAGUGCUCCUGGUCUGGGCUCCGACUGCUGCGGAGGGGCGGGCGCGCCCUGGGCCCCCUCCAGCCCGGAACGGUGCCGCGCUGCCUGCCAGUCCGCCUGAGGCGGGGUCCUGGACCGCGCUCCUGCGCCUCGUGCCCCAGAGACGCUGGGGAUUUGGGUGCGGGGAGCGGCGCUUGCGGCACAGAUGAGAAUCCUAGGGAGAAGCCCGUUGGUCCUUCUGUUCCACACCGCGGCGACGACGCCAGCUGGCCGCAACCUUCUCGGGGUGCCCGGGGUGCCCUUUGUUCUGUGGAGAAACCCGCGAGAGUGUUGGCAGAGGACACGCUGGCUCUCGAGAUGGAGUACGGGGCCCCUGACGCUCGGCGGGGCAGCGCUGAAAGCGCGGUGACCCUCCUACCCCCGGCACCGAGCCCAGCGCAUCAUCGUGAAACGCGGCCCUCCCACACCCGAGAGCUGCCCGCACGCUCGGUCACGGCCUCUCCUAAAGAACUCCCCUUUCAACCCGGAGAUCUUCUUUACGCUGAGUUCCAAAAGGGCGAAAACACAUUCAAAAAAAUGUUUAAGUUGGAGGCCGCGGGACAACUAAAUAGUAGCCGGGGAGCCAUCCCGUACGAGGAAAUGAUUGGGAAGUUGCCCGGCCAGUUGUGUAGGACUUCGAUCGGUCACCGCCUUAUGCUGAGAAGGCCCACAUUGGAAGAGUUUGUUUUAUUGAUGAAAAGAGGGCCUGCUAUAUCAUAUCCAAAGGAUAUGAAUAUGAUGCUGAUGAUGAUGAAUGUCAAACAAGGUGAUGUUAUUUUGGAUGUUGGGUCAGGUUCUGGAGGAAUGAGUUUGUUUUUAUCACAAGCAGUUGGAUUACAGGGACGAGUUAAAAGUUUUGAAAUUAGAAAAGACCAUCACAACCAGGCUAAGAAGAACUACAAGUGUUGGCGUGACGCAUGGAAGAUUAGUCAUGUGGAAGAAUGGCCAGAUAAUGUGGAUUUCAUUCAUAAGGAUAUCUUAAAAGCUGCUGAGGACGUAGAAUCCAUAACAUUUGAUGGGGUAGCUUUGGACAUGCUAAAUCCUCAUAUUGCCUUACCUAUCGUAUAUCCAAAUCUUAAGCAAGGUGGCAUAUGUGCAGUAUAUCUAGCAAAUAUCACACAGGUAAUUGAACUUUUAGAAGGAAUACGUAUCUGCAAACUUGCGCUCUUGUGUGAACAGAUAAGAGAAGUUCUUCUUAGAGACUGGUUAGUAUGCCCAGCAAAAAGGAAAGAUGGCACUUUAGCCCAAAGAGUAGAGCCUAAAACCAGUAUAGAUUUAAAGUUACAUUCUCAAAGGGAAACUGAAACUGAAGAAAGUGAGAGUGUACAAGAGAAUGAUUAUGGUGAAUCACUUUCUGGUUUUCCAUAUAGCUCAAUUCCUUACAUUGCUAGACCCUUUCAUUACCAAACUAAUCACACAGCUUUUCUUGUCAAAUUGAGGAAGUUCAGCCCAGAAUAUUAACCGAGUACUCCAGAUGUCUGACUACAACUAAUUUCAAGAUUGCAAAGUACCAAGAUAAACUUAAUAUUGUAAAUGAUUGCUUUUAUA